AUGUCUAGUCCGCCAGCCUUGCAGCUUACCGAACAACGCUUUACCGGUACUGUAAUAGUUGUUCCCACUCACGUAACAGAGUCAGCAUUUGUGGGUGUGGGUGUUCCUGCAUACCACGUAGGUUACGGUAUCCGUACACAGAAAUUGGUUGAGCCUGUCCUCGGUGUAUUGGCCAAAUGUGUCAUGGUACACAAGGGACAAGUUCACGUUUGA